CUCUCGCGAGAACUCCCCCGCCCGGCUCCGACAUGGCUGCCGCGGAGUCGCCGUCGCCGCCCGGCACAAUCAUGGCGCCGAGGCUCGGCCGUCCCGUAGAUGGACUGAACGAGGCGGCCGCCCUCAACAAAAAUGGCCGCCGCCGCCCGGACUACCAGGCCGAGGGAACCUUUUUCCCCCCGGCGGGGCCUCCCCGGUUCCGGCUUCGUCGUUCGCGGCGGGGCCGGAAGACCCGUCGGGGGACGGACCGCCCUUCCUCCCAGGCCCGACGGGAGAGAGCAAGAGAACCGAGCUUCCCAUCGGCAGAGGAGGCCCACUCAGGCCCGCCGCGGAGCACGCCGGGAGCCCCGCCCGGGCCAAUCGCCGUCCGCGGGCGCGGGGCAUGCCGGGAGUCUGGCCAAGGCCGAGGCCGCGCCGAGAGGCGGCACGCGGUGCAUGACUGCAGGAGUCCCGACAGCUCUUCGCUCAGCAGCUCUCCCCCCCUGCGGGGCCCGGGGUCCUCCCCGCCGCCUGAGGCUGCCCCCCCUCUGCCCCCCUCCAUGAUCGGCUCGGCCAUGACCAGCUCCAUCGGCGGGCUGGGCUCUCCCUUCCCGGUCAUCAGCUCCUCCAUGGGCUCCCCGGGACUGCCGGCCACCCCCUCCAUCGGCUACGGGCCCGUCAGCAGCCCCCAAAUCAACUCCACGGUGAACCUGUCCGGCCUCCACUCGGUCAGCAGCUCGGAAGACGUGAAGCCCCCCGUGGGCAUGAGGGUCCUGCCGGGACACCCCCACAGCGGGCUGAUGCCCGGGAAGCGGCUGUGCGCCAUCUGCGGGGACCGGUCCUCGGGGAAGCACUACGGGGUCUACAGCUGUGAGGGCUGCAAGGGCUUCUUCAAGCGCACCAUCCGGAAGGACCUGACCUACACGUGCCGCGACAACAAGGACUGCAUCGUGGACAAGCGCCAGCGGAAUCGCUGCCAGUACUGCCGCUACCAGAAAUGCCUGGCCACGGGCAUGAAACGCGAAGCCGUGCAGGAGGAGCGCCAGCGGGGCAAGGAGAAGGACGGGGACUGCGAGCUGGCCGGCUCGGGGGCCAACGAGGACAUGCCCGUGGAGAAGAUCCUGGAGGCCGAGCUGGCCGUGGAACAGAAGUCGGACCAAGGCGUCGACGGAGCCGGCAUGGGGGGCAGCUCGGUGAGUUGGGGAAGGGGAGCAGCGGGAUCAGAGCGGUCCCUCCACCCCAUCGACACAGACGAGCCCAACGACCCAGUGACCAACAUCUGCCAGGCUGCAGACAAGCAGCUCUUCACGCUGGUGGAGUGGGCCAAGCGCAUCCCCCACUUCUCGGAGCUGCCCCUCGACGACCAGGUCAUCCUGCUCCGGGCCGGCUGGAAUGAGCUGCUGAUCGCCUCUUUCUCCCACCGGUCCAUUUCGGUGAAGGACGGGAUUCUGCUGGCCACGGGGCUGCACGUCCACCGCAACAGCGCCCACAGCGCCGGCGUGGGGGCCAUCUUCGACAGGGUGCUGACCGAGCUGGUGUCCAAAAUGCGAGACAUGCGGAUGGACAAGACGGAGCUGGGCUGCCUCCGCGCCAUCAUCCUCUUCAACCCAGAUGCCAAGGGGCUCUCCAACCCCGGGGAGGUGGAGCUGCUGCGGGAGAAAGUCUACGCCUCGCUAGAGUCCUACUGCAAGCAGAAGUAUCCGGAUCAGCAGGGGAGGUUUGCCAAGCUGCUGCUGCGCCUGCCCGCCCUGCGGUCGAUCGGCCUGAAGUGCCUGGAGCACCUCUUCUUCUUCAAGCUGAUCGGGGACACCCCCAUCGACACCUUCCUGAUGGAGAUGCUGGAAGCCCCCCACCAGAUGUCCUGACAGGCCCCCCAACUGCCACCACCGUCCCCUCCCAGGACCGGAGGACUGCUGCCAAGAAGGCCGGGGGGAGGCCCACCCCGCCCGGGUGCUCUGCGUUGAGGCAGGGGGCUGUACUCCCCAGCCACAGUGGGGUGGGGGGGGCCUAGCCCCCUCCCGGGCUUCGCCUAAACCAGGGGGGGUCAAACUGCUGGGCCCGCCCCAUCGCCGGGAAUGGCAGAACUCUGCCGAUACGUCGAACGGUGUCGCGCGACGUCGCGAGUUUGACAUGUCUGGCCUAAAUUAGGGGGUCCUCAGUUGGGGAAGGGGCUCCCCGUAACACUUCUCCCCCCAAUCGGUUUGCCUGAGAAGCCCCUGGGUUGGGGGAGGGACGUGCCAGGGCUCCUCUGGGGGGGGGAGAGAGCAAGGACCCCUCCCCCCAUUGCAGCUCAGGAAGCGCCCCUUUCCUGCUGCCUUGCCCCCCACCCCACCCCAAGCCGGCUUUUUGGCAGUGGGUUCACGGUUCUCCAUUGGUUCCUGUUUCUUGGGGGGGCUCCUCUGCCCCCCCACCCUCUUCUGGCUUAGCACUUUUGACUGUAUCGGCCCUCAUCUAUGCAAGGGGCGCGGCCUGGGGGGGCCACAGGCCACGCCCUCAGGCCAGACUACCCACUCGCCCCCCCCUCCAGGUGCAGAGGAGCCUCACUGCCCCCCCAUCCUUGGGGUGCCCCAGGGGCUGGGCUCCCCCCACCCCCACCAAGUGGAUAGGGGGCUGCCCUCCCUGCAGCUGGAUUGGAAGCCCCUCCCUGCCCCCCCCUUUGCCAAUGCCCUUCCCUUGCGGCUCUAACCACUGACUAUGUAAGGCCUGAUGGGGGGGCUCCCCCAGUCUCCCCCCACCCCCGGCCCAUACGCGUCUUGCUGUUUCCUCUGUCCCCCCCCCUUCCCAUUUAUGUGACCUUCCCCAAAUAAUCCCUUUUGGGGAAUACGUUGUUUUAAUCAACCCCCCCCUUCAGCUGUCCCCCCCUCCUGCUUUCUGUUUCUCUUCCCCCAUUUUAAUUGGGUGUCUGGGGCAGUCUCUUUGCCCCCCCCCUCCCUUACCCUGAAUCAGGAAUGCAGAACUUUUGAGCAUGUGCAGAGUGCCAGGCCGGGAUGUUGUCAGAGGCUUCCUUAUGGAAGAGAUGGACCCUCCGCCUGUUUGGGGGGGGGAUUUGGGUGAUGUCGCCAUGCCUCCCUGAGCAUCAGCCCCCCCCCUCUCUGAGGGUGGCCAUAUCCGGUCGGGAGUGGGCGACGUGUAUCCCCCCCCCGGCCCACGCGCGAGGGCGGCCUUUCCACGGCCUGCGAAGCCGGGGCCUCUGCCCGAUGGACUACUACGUUUCCAUAGUUUUGAAAUCCUAGUUAGGUUUCUCUGUGGCUUCUGCUCAGCCGGGUUGAUAAAAAAACACAGCUGUUGUGUUUGCAUUACGUACCACGCAAAUAAACCAUGGAUUGUGGUUUAA